AAGCUAACAUGGAGAGUUCAGAUGACAAUUCUGAUUUUACUGAUGAUACAUUUGAAGACAGCGAGGAAGAAGUUCUGAAAUAUUAUUUCUUUCGCGGAUUUACCUACGAAGAAAUUCUUUUGUUUCUGGCUAAACGGCAUCAUUGUACUAUAAGUUAUAGCACUCUUCUUCGGCGGUUGAAGAAAUAUGGUUUAAUGAGAAGAGGUGUAACAAACAAGGAUUCAUUUGAAAACACAUUUCUGCAAGUGCAGAGGCGCAUAGCGGAACUUAUUAACGGGCCUGGCUCAUCCAUGGCGUACCGUGCAAUAUGGCAUGCACUUGAACUAGAGGGGAUUCGUGUCCCUAGAGGGGAUUCGUGUCCCUCAUUGUUCAAGAUUUGUUAAAGGAAAUGGAUCCUGAAGGUGCGGAACUUCGGAAAAGACAUCGUCUAAAAAGACGAGCCUACCACAAUCCUGGCCCCAAUUAUUCAUGGCAUAUGGAUGGUUAUGAUAAACUUAAAUGUUGGGGUUUUCCAAUACACGGAGCGAUUGACGGCUACAGUCGAAGAAUUUUGUGGCUUCGUGUUACUCGUUCCAACAACUCGCCAAAUCAAAUAGCUUCUUCCUAUGCUGGAGUUGUUUUAGAACAAGGUGGUUGUCCAGUACAAUUAGUGACCGAUUUGGGAACUGAAAAUGGAACUGCAGCCGCUUUGCAGUCAUAUUUCCGUGAUAACUCCGAGGCUCAUCGAUACGUACCCUCUCCGAGAAAUCAACGAAUCGAAGGAUGGUGGGCGUACUAUGCCAGGAGUCACAGCCAGUGGUGGAGGAAUUUUUUCAAAGACUUGGAAUCACAGGGGAUUGUGGACACAGCUUGCGAAAUAAAUAUGGAGUGUUUAUGGUAUUGUUUUCACAAGUUAUUACAGACUGAGCUAGACUUAGUGAAAGAGCACUGGAAUUCCCAUAGAAUUCGGAAAUCAAGACAAGAUACCAUUCCAGGACGACCAGAUUCUCUUUAUUUUUUGCCACAGCUUCAUGGAUCGAGAGAAUAUUUAUUUCAAUUAGCUGCAGCCGAAAUUGGAUUUGCUUCAGAGAACAUAAUUGAAGAUGAAUUAGCAAAUGAUCACCAAGAAUACUUUGAAUACGUCAGAAAUAAUCUCUCUUUGUCUCACCCCGAAGACUGGGAAGAAGCAUUGAACAUGUUCAGAAGACUAAUGAAUAUAGCAGCUAAUGGAUAUGAUUAA